CUCCAGUGGCUUCUCCUCGGUGGUGGCUCUGGGCGCAAGCAUCAUCUGUAACAAGAUCCCGGGCCUCGCUCCCAGACAGCGGGCGAUCUGCCAGAGCCGGCCCGACGCCAUCAUCGUCAUCGGAGAAGGCUCACAAAUGGGCCUCGAGGAGUGUCAGUUUCAGUUCCGCAAUGGCCGCUGGAACUGCUCGGCGCUGGGGGAGCGCACCGUCUUCGGGAAGGAGCUCAAAGUGGGGAGCCGCGAGGCCGCCUUCACCUACGCCAUCAUCGCGGCGGGCGUGGCGCACGCCAUCACGGCCGCCUGCACCCAGGGCAACCUGAGCGACUGCGGCUGCGACAAGGAGAAGCAGGGCCAGUACCACCGGGACGAGGGCUGGAAGUGGGGCGGCUGCUCCGCCGACAUCCGCUACGGCAUCGGCUUCGCCAGGGUCUUCGUGGACGCCCGGGAGAUCAAGCAGAACGCCCGGACUCUCAUGAACCUGCACAACAACGAGGCCGGCCGGAAGAUCCUGGAGGAGAACAUGAAGCUGGAGUGUAAGUGCCACGGCGUGUCCGGCUCCUGCACCACCAAGACGUGCUGGACCACGCUGCCACAGUUCCGGGAGCUGGGCUACGUGCUCAAGGACAAGUACAACGAGGCCGUGCACGUGGAGCCCGUGCGCGCCAGCCGCAACAAGCGGCCCACCUUCCUCAAGAUCAAGAAGCCCCUGUCCUACCGCAAGCCCAUGGACACGGACCUGGUGUACAUCGAGAAGUCGCCCAAUUACUGCGAGGAGGACCCCGUGACCGGCAGCGUGGGCACCCAGGGCCGCGCCUGCAACAAGACGGCGCCCCAGGCCAGCGGCUGCGACCUCAUGUGCUGCGGCCGCGGCUACAACACCCACCAGUACGCCCGCGUGUGGCAGUGCAACUGCAAGUUCCACUGGUGCUGCUACGUCAAGUGCAACACGUGCAGCGAGCGCACGGAGAUGUACACCUGCAAGUGA